AUAUUUCAACAUCAUGAAGAACAAACCAGUCCGUCAUAAAGAAUCCAACACCUUUCAGUUUAAACCAUUCUCUGAAAGGAUAAGUGAAAUUGAUGUCGAUGUAUUCCACCGUGUCGGACAUCGAAACGAGGAAGACGACGAUGAGGUCGAAACGUAUUUUCACCAGACUCUUCAGAAAUGGAAUUUCCUUAACCUUACAGAAGGUUAUUGUAGCUUUAAAAAGAAAGUCCGCGACAUUGUUACGCUCCCACAGUUGAUUAAUCAGAAGCAAUUCGUGAUUGAGACCUUAAUAGAGUACCUGGAGCAAAAGGAUGUUCUGUUUUUACAACCAAUUUUGGAAUUAGUGGUAGCCCUAUCCAAAGACCUGCAAAAGGAUUUUUACAAUUAUUUCCCGAAGUUUCUAACAGUCAUCAUUGAUCUAUUGCGGACCAAAGACACAGAACAGAUAGAGUAUACAUUUACAGCAUUGGCUUAUCUGUUCAAAUUUUUAUGGCGAUAUUUGGUUAAAAAUGUCAAGACUGUGUUGGAUCUAUUGUUGCCAUUACUGGCAGACACACAACCGGCUUAUAUAAACAAUUUUGCAGCUGAGAGUUUUGCAUUUGUAGUGAGGAAAGUUAAGGAUAAAGAUUCUUUCAUAAGGAUAAUAAUAAAUAUUCUGGAAGAAAAUCCGAAUGGAGUACCAGGUGGUGGAAAAUUAUUAUUUGAUGUUAUAGCUGGCACACCAGGGCAAUUUCACUCGUGUGCAGAACAAAUGCUUUUGUUAUACUUUAAUGCAUUGAACGAUGACAGCAUCAAUCAGGACAUAAUGGUUAAAGUACUGAAAGUAAUAAUUAACUGCUUUUUGCAGAAUAUGCACCCACAAAAAAGCUCAAUAUUCUGGUCUGUAUUAUUAAAUGUCAUAAACACAUCUGCCGAAAAGACUAAAAGCUUUGAAUCAACUGCUGGGAGAGAAAAAAGUUUGAUACUUGUAAUGCACCUACUAUCUACAGUCGUUAAUUAUAAAAAUGGAAGGUUCGUUAUAGAACCAGUACCAUUGAUCAAAAAAUUAGUACAGAUUUUCGAUAUGUUUGAGGAUCAGAACGACGUGCUACACGAAAUUAUAAAGGUAGCAGUUGCUGUUCUUUUAGCAGACAAUAUUAAAUUAAUGCAAGAGACGUCGAACCAAAUAGUACUGAAGAUUAUAACUGUGAAAGAUCUUAAAUUACGACACUGGGCCGUUGAAAGUUUAAUGGAUUAUUCAGCAUUUGAAACUCUGAUAUUACCGCAUAUAUUGCGACAUAGUAUUACUACCGAGUUCAAUGAUGAUUAUUUGCAAUUGUUUGCCAACAUAGUGAAAACAAAAGUUCCACUGUCUAUAAAUGGUAUUAAUUUAAAUAAGUGGAGGAAAUACAUUCUAGACAUUCGAGGUGCUAAGCCAGAGUGCAUCGACUUCUUCCUGAAAAGAUUAAAAGGUUUAUUGGAUGAUGAUGUAUCAAUUGAUACAUUGAAAAUGUUAAUUAUUAUAUCACAUUUCAAAUCUUUGCCGAAAGAGUUCAUAGAUACCUUAAAAGAAGGGAUAUUAUCUCUAUAUAGGCGGAUAUUAAAUGACGUAAAUACAGAACGUGAUAUAAAUAAAUUAUGUUUCAGUUUCCUAUUGGCUUCUGAGUCAGCAGUUCACAUUUUGGAGCCUGAAACUCUGCAUAAUUUUAUACAAACACAUGAUAUAAAGAUAGUGGAUCUUCUAAAUAAAUAUCCAGACAAUAAAUUCAUUUUGAAUGUAGUGGAUUUAUAUAUAACGUAUUUUAAUACAUCAGAAUAUCAGGAAAUGUAUAUAAAUGCAACUGUUUUUGAUAAUAUAAAUAACAGUAUUGCACAGAAAUUGAAUUCUCCUUUCAGCGAAGUUCGUUUGAUUGUAACUCAUUUGUAUUCUUUGUACAACAGCAUUGAAGAAAUUAAAUCGAUUGGCACAAGCGCUGAUAAGAGUGCUAUGGAACAUAUGUAUCUAGCAGAAUGUGAACCGACAACGGUGCAAACUUACAGAAAUAAAUUAUUGCACUUACAAGCUUUAGCAUUUGAUGGCAAUGUAUUAUCAGGUUUAAAUCCCAAGUAUACUGAUUUUCCAUUGCGGUAUUUAUUAGGGAAUUUGUACUUAAAUUUCUCUAUAUUAUGGGAACCUGUAAGCAAGAUUAUUGCAACGUAUGCUACCAAAGAAUGUGAACAAUUCUGGCCAGUAUUCUUGAAUGAAUUACAAUGCGAUCACAAAGAAGUCGCAGACUUUUCACCGUUGUACGAGUGUGAUAUUAUUUCUGAAAUAGAAGUUACGAUACAAACGAGCAAAGACAAACCUGAUUAUAAAAAUCAUAAAAUUUUAUUGUGGAAGUGUAUGGGAAGUUUCUCGCAUUACUGUGAAAUGAAGAACAGAGACUUAACUGGAAUAUUUAUUGAUUAUGUAAACGAGAAUUUCUUUCAGACAAAUUCCGAAGAUGCCAAGUGUUGCAGUAUUUCGAAAGCAGAAAAUUUGAAUGAGCCUGAUAAUAAAAUGGAAAUUGAUGCAGACGAUGAUGAGAGUGAUAAUGAAUUUAAUGAGAAUGAAAUGGACACGAAGGACGAAGAAGAACAAAAGGAGGAGAAAAAAGUUACCAUUUCUACUGGUAGAAAAUCGAAACGAACAGAUACAAAGUCGAAGCAGACAUUUAUGCCAAGCAGAAUUUACAAGACAAAACUUUUAAUUGCUCAGUUAGAGAUAUUUGGAAAGGUGACAAAUCCAAGAACAUUGUACAGGGAAUCAGAGAUGCAGACAAUUUAUUUGGACUUAUUGUCAUCGAAAAGUUCUGAUGUCCAAACUGCUGCCUUAAAUUGUCUUCUCACUUACAAAUACAAAUAUCUGUUACCGUACAAAGAUAAUUUGAACAAUUUGAUCAGCGAGAAGAAUUUGAAAAACGAAUUGGUACGUUUCAAGGUGGAUGAAGAGAGUAACAUGAUACAGAACGACCAUCGUGCUGAAUUUAUACCGAUAUUAAUGAGACUACUUUAUGCGAAAAUGGUAUCCAAAGUAGGGUUGAGAACUGGUGGCAAAGGCGGAGGACUUUUAAGACGAAAAAUGAUUUUGCGUUUUCUCUCUGGUACUCAAGAAGAUGAAAUGAUUAUAUUUGUGAAAAUGGCGUUCAGACCCUUCAGGAAAUACAUGUCACUGGAAUUGAAUGGAAAAGUCAAUUUGAAGGAGCUUACGCAGAACAUUAUCAAUACAGUUGAUUUGAAGAACGUUAUACCACCUAAACGUUUGCAAAGUGCCAUCAAUUUACUCGGGAUUUUGAUAGAACAGUUUGGCGGUAAAAUGGCACAGAAAUUGUUACCUUAUCUACUUGGUUUAGUGAUAUGCAUUUUAGCCGAAGUCACCGGAGUCCUCCAGAGAUCAAAUAAAGUGUAUGUUGGCUAUUUACCGUCCAUUAGAAGUGUACGAAAAAGUUGCAUCCUGAUAUUAGCAAGGUUCUUUGGUCAUUAUGAGAAUUACGAAUGGAGUGAGCAUGAAAUAGACGCCUUGUUUAACGUAGCAGUCUUUCCAUGGCUGGAAAAGUUGCCCAUGGAGUGUAUUCACAGUCCGACUCCCUUACUGAAAUUGUUCACGGCAUGGAGUCAAAACUCACGUUAUUAUUCUUUGUUCAUAAAAUACCGAGAGGACAACAAAUUAGUCAGCCCUCUCCCAUUUAUUAUGCAGCUUCUGUUGGGUCCGAAGACUCAUGCUUCUGUAGUCAAUGCUAUACUUGAGAUGAUCGAGAAGAUGGUAACCUUACAGGAUUAUGGGAAAACAAACGAGAAUGAUAUGGAUGUUGAUGGACCUAUAAUCCCUCUGACAUCUGUACUUACUAAUCUACUGGAAGUAAACGAAGAAGCCUUGUCCAACGGUGUUAACUAUGGAUCAACUAUACUACUUCCGCAUGUUUUCAGUAUUUUAAAAUACAUCAAGAAAAAACUCGAGAAGACCAACAGAGGGGUAAACAAAACGGAGUUGGUGAUAUUAUCACGUAUUUCGGAAUUUGUGAAGGAUGCAGAUGCAUGCGACACGCUACUCACUCUUAUCGUGCCGAUAUUAAUCAGACGCGUUGGCGCCAGCGAAAGCGAAGAAACGAUAAUUGAAUUAAUCACGACAGUUAUAAAUCUGAUGAAGCAUAUUAAGAAACCGGAGAUUCAUCUGCGUGCAAUUUUACCUCUGUUGGGCAUAAUUUCAUCUAUACCCGCACGAAAACUUUUCCUGAAUCUUUACAAAACUAUCGCCGAGGGAUCCGCAGAAGAAUUUCGUGAAGUACACGUUAAAAGUUACAACACGAUAACUGCACUUAACGCGUGGGAUCGUAGAUGGAUCGAUCAGCCGGAUAUUCAGAAGAGGCUGGACGCAUUUACUGAGAUUAACAACGAGAUCGAGAAAGAUGCAAUUACAUUGGAAUUCGGUGUGGCUGUUAUUUAUAAUUGUUAUUACAUUCUUAAGAACGAAACGGAUCUAGCCAUGAGAGAUUCUGCAGGGCAGUGUCUGAAGCUUGUUGGACCGAAAUUGGCAAAGAAGUACAGAGAGAACAACUUGGAUAGACGUUAUUUAAUGGACGGUACAAUUUUACCCAUUGUAAGAAAAGGAAUUGUCAGCAGAAAUGAGGCUGUACGACUUCAGUCGAUAGGCUUCUUGGGACAUAUGUCCAUGGAAUGCCCAGAGGUGCAUCCUGUCCUGAGGGACUUGUCACUGCUGACGAACAAAGUGGACCCAGAGGUGGACUUCUUUGAGAACAUGCAACAUCUGCAAAUGCACAGAAGGGGUCGUGCACUGCUGAAAUUCUGUACUCUAGCAAAGACUCUGGAUAAAGCACCAAACCCAGGAACAUUAACACAAUUUAUUCUACCCCUGGCUUCUUCGUACUUGUGCAAUGAACAUUAUAUACACAAGAACAGCAUUGUUGAUGCUGCAAUAGAAACAGUUGGUACAGUGUGCAGACUUCUGCCCUGGCAUCAAUAUGAAAUCAUCCUGAAGCAUUAUUUGGGAAAGUUAAGGGGAUCCAUUGAAUUUCAAAAGCAACUUGUUCGAAUAGUUGUUAUUAUCUUAGAUUCUUUCCACUUCAAUCUGUCAAAGUACAAAUUUGAGGGAGGAUCGAUAGGAUCAGGAAAUGUUAAAGAAAUUGUAGAAAAUAAAACAGUUCCUGCAGAGAAAGAGGAAAAGGAUGAAAAGGCUGCUGAAAAGGACAAUGAAGAAACUGUUAAUGAGGUUGAAGAAACCUUAGAUGACGCUUUGAAUUCGGAAAAUCUGGAGAGUGUCGAAGAACUUGUAGAAAAAGAGCAGAAGGGAGCACAGGAGGAUGUGCUUGCAAUGGACAAGCAAAUAGUACUUUCACAGAAUGGGGCAAAAAAGGUCGUGUUUAGUAUAUCCAAGGAAUUACUGCCACAACUUCAUCGCUCUAUUAUAGCAAGAACCAGUCGCGAGACUAGUCACAAAGUUAAUAAAAAGAGGCUCGCAGCGGACAACGAAGAGGAAGAAUUAAUGAGAGUUCCCAUUGCGCUUGCGUUUGUUAAAUUAUUACAGAAAUUACCUGAACGGAUUUUGAAUUCCAAUUUGCCGGGAAUCUUCAUGAAAUUGUGCACUUUUUUGAAAUCGCGUUUGGAAUCUGUGCGGCGAGUUACACGAGAAGUGUUGCAGAAGAUUAUGAUAACUCUGGGUCCAAAGUAUCUUCACCAUUUGUUAAGGGAAAUGAACACAUUGUUAACAAAAGGGUUUCAAGUUCAUGUUCUCGCAUAUACUCUGCAGUCAGUGUUAGUUGCCUUGAAACCAUAUUUCCAGAAGUUGGAUAUUAAUCAGAAUCUUCAGAGUAUAUUAUCAGUGUGUAAAGUAGACUUAUUCGGGUUGACUGCAGAAGAAAAGGAAGUGAUUGGGAUCGUGAAAAAUGUGUCAGAAGCAAAGUCUACGAAAAGUUUUGAUAUCUUUCACAUACUAGCAGAAUAUAUUACAGAGUCUUGUUUACUGGACUUGAUUCUACCGUUGAAAGAAGUGGUCGUCAAAACACACUCGCAUAAAACUGUCCAGAAAGUAGUGGAAUGCUUUAGGAACGUGGUAUUGGGUUUAGUCGACAACACUUUUAUACCAUUAGAAAAGAUGCUGAUGUUUCUGUACGGUAUAGUUUCCGAAAGUAUACCGCAACUGUUGCCUGAGAAGAAGGGCAAAGAAUACACCGAAAAAGAAUCAGAGGCACUGUCUAAACAGAAACCAGAUUGCUACCUCAUACCACCUGUACCAAAAAGUAGAAUGGGCAUAAAGUCUGCAUCAAAAACAUCUAAAAAUACUAACAUUCAUGUCAUCGUUGAAUUUGGUUUAAAACUCUUUCAUAUACUAUUGAAACGAGACAAGGUAUCCGGUGCAACGUUCACGCCUUUUGUAGACCCAUUUGUACCAAUUAUAAGCGACUGUCUACAAUCGCAGCAUGUUAAGUUGAGCACUUUAGCCUUACAGUGUUUACACUGGUUGCUCAAGUUGGAUUUAUCGUCGAUACAGGAGUCAAUCUCCGAUAUCUGUACGUCCAUCUUCAACGUACUGCACAAAUAUGCCGCGGCCGGUUUGGGCAAAGGGGACAAUUUUGAUCUCGUUAUGGCCGCUUUCAAAUGUAUGUCCGUAAUUGUCCGUGACGUGAAACACUACACGAUCACUGUGGACCAGCUGAAAGUUUUGAUCAUGUAUGCUGAGCAAGAUAUGCACGACAGCGACAAACAAGCAACAGCGUUCGGCUUGCUGAAAGCCAUCAUUGCCAGAAAGAUGUUUUUCCCAGAGAUGUAUCUAGUUAUGGAAAAAGUUGCCGCUUUAAGCGUCACAUCGGAAAUCGAACACGUCCGGCAGCAGUCCCGUUCCGUUUUUUAUUCGUACAUAAUGGAAUACCCCCUUGGAAAACAUUUGAACAAACACAUAGCAUUUUAUUUAACGCAGCUAAGUUAUGAGAUGCAACCCGGUCGACUUAGCGCGCUAGAAAUGCUUCACAGUAUCGUUACGGGAUUCCCAGUAAAAACUUUAGUUCUGAAAUCAGGCCUCAUAUUUGUAAUGGCAGGCGCGAGGCUGGUGAACGAUGAUGAUCCAACCUGUCGGAAGUUAUGCGCAAAGUGCAUCAAAGAAAUGGUAACACGUGUACCUUACAACAAAAGGAGUAAACUUUUUGAUAUUGUCGUGGAAUGGUUGAAAGAUGAUAAGGUAAUGCACCGUACUCUGGCCGCUCAAUUGUGCGGCAUAUUUGUCACAGUGGAGAAAGAUACGUUUGAAUCUCGCCUGAAUGAAGUAUUACCACUUCUCUUGAAACAGUUCCACGCGAAGUUUGAUGACAAGGAGGAGCCUGGUCGUUUCGUGAAAUUACCUACAACCGAAAAUACGAAAUUAGAAAUGCUACCGAACGUUAAGGACCCAGAGAGAAUGAAAGAUCAUCAUAUGUUCCAAGUUUUACAAUUGUUGUUAAAGAUAUCAGCAAACUGCACAGCGUUCCUCAAGAACGAUGAGUACAAAGAAGCUGUUCGUUCGUUUGCUGAAUACAGUCAAUCUUUAUUGGCACACCCACACACUUGGGUCCGUUUGACAGCGUCUCAGAUGAUCGGCUUCAUCUUGGCCGUUCUUGACGUUGAUAAAGUCAUAGACCUCUUGAAAAAUCCUGAGAAAUGCGAAACUGAAACCGGUUACAUGUAUUCCGACCCAGCCGCGACGAUAAAGAGUUUGACUUUAGAUUUAGUUGGCCAAUUGCAACCAGAUAUGGUGUUUGAAGAACUGUCAGAACAAAGCAUUAAGAAUUUAAUUUGUAUUGCGAGAAUUUUAAAGUCCAUUAAAAUGUCCGAUAAUGUUACGGUCGACCAAGGUGACGAGAUAAAGGAAAAAGACAGGAACCAGUUAUCUCUUCCUUGGUUAAUUAGAAGACUGCGAAAAGUUGUGAAUAUAGAAAUAACGCGAGCUCCCAAAUCGAAAUCAGUGCGUACUGCCUUCUUCAAAUGGGUGGCCGGUGUAGUGGCAACUAUACCCAUGGAAUAUUUAACUCCAGUGCUUUUUAACAUCAUGUCGCCCAUUGCACAUGAAAUGGCAACCACAGAAGAACAUAACGUCGUUCUGCGACGAUUGGCCAAAGAAGCGUCCGUAAUGAUAAAGAAACGUUUGGGUAACGAAGAGUACGCUAGGUUACUAAGUCGAGUUCAACAGAAAUUGGAUAUCAGGAAAGCAGAGAGAAAGAAAAUACGAGCGCAGCAGUUUGUAACGGACCCGGAAUUAGCUGCCAAACGUAAGAUAGCUAGGCAACAGAAGAAGAAAAUUGCUAGGAAGAGGAAAUCGGAUGCCAUUAGAGGGAAGAAAAUGGUUGACGCUUUUGGACAACAAUGGCACAGUUAUUUACAAACCGUAAUAAUGUCGUAA